AUGUUUUCGUUUGUGGCCUCCUCAUCUCAACUGCAGAGAAUUAGAAAAGUGGGACAGGCGAUGGGUCCCACAAAAGGAAUUGUGUUGGAGCAAUUGAGCGUCAUCACCAAUGAGCCACCGACACUUGUACACCGUCAAUCUUGGUGCUCGCCAUCCAUGGCUCAGAUCGCACCAACACUGUUGCUCCGUGAUCAACGUUGCAAUUCCCCAAUUUCUAACGUGUACACUUUACAUUCGUUCUAUUGUGCAGCAUUGCAUUGUUUGGGUUUGGGAAUGGAAAACAUUCAUUGGGUUGGGGGCAUUGCCCUUGCUAAGGGACGUGGGGACCACUCCGUUUUGUUUUCUCACCAUACGGGGAGAGGAGCCGAAGGACAUUCGACAAAAGACAGCUGGGACAGGGGACAGUUUCUGGUCAUCAGGUGCAAAUAUUUCACUCCCAAAUAA